UUGGCGCUGAUGCGUCCUGGCAUGUGAUCCCACUUCAGUCAAAUCAAUCGUGUCGCCGCUGCAGCUUUCCUAUUAAACUUUCCAUGCUGUUGCCCGUCCAAUGGACAGCACUUAGGAGGUUUGUCUGGACCGUAUCCGCUGCUGCUCGCUCGCCCGCUGCGCUCCGGCUCUCCACCGUCGGCUCUCCAGGUUCGGAGGGACUCACGCGGCCCGGGGAGCUGGCCUGCGUCUCCUGCACACAUGGAGGGAGACGUUAUGGACAAGUUGGAGGCCACGGCCACGGUCUGUGACUUCGACCCCAUCAGCGGGAGCAUCCCGGCCACCAAAGUGGAGAUCACCGUGUCCUGCAGGAAUCUCUUGGACCGAGACACUUUCUCCAAAUCCGACCCAUUGGUUGUGUUGUACACGCAGGGUGUGGAGUCCAAACAGUGGAGAGAGUUUGGGAGAACAGAGGUGAUAGACAACACGCUAAACCCAGACUUUGUCAGGAAGUACAUCCUGGACUACUUCUUUGAGGAGAAGCAGAACCUGCGCUUUGACGUGUAUGAUAUUGAUUCUAAAAGUCCAGAUCUGGCAAAGCAUGACUUCCUGGGACAGGUCUACUGUACACUGGGAGAGAUUGUGGGCUCACCUGCCAGCCGCCUGGAGAAACCUCUAGGUAUAGGUUCUUUUGAUUCUCUGAACAGCAGAGGAGGUAGACCAUAUGGCGCAGUGUCUGUUGAUGGCAUACCUGGGAAGAAAUGUGGAACCAUUGUCUUGUCUGCUGAGGAGCUGGGAAACUGCAGAGAUUACGCCACCAUGCAAUUCUGUGCCAACAAACUGGAUAAAAAGGACUUCUUUGGAAAGUCUGACCCCUUCAUGGUCUUCUACAGAAGCAAUGAGGAUGGCACGUUCACCAUCUGCCACAAGACUGAGGUGGUGAAGAACACACUGAACCCUGUGUGGCAGCCCUUCUCCAUCCCUGUCAGAGCGCUCUGCAAUGGAGACUAUGACAGGACAAUCAAAGUGGAGGUGUAUGACUGGGACAGAGAUGGGAGCCACGAUUUUAUCGGUGAAUUCACCACAAGCUACAAAGAGCUAUGUCGAGGUCAGAGCCAGCUAAAUGUCUACGAGGUGGUGAAUGCCAAGAAGAAAAUAAAGAAAAAGAGAUACAUCAACUCUGGGACGGUGUCUUUGUUGUCGUUCAAUGUGGAGUCGGAGCACACCUUCCUCGAUUACAUCAAAGGGGGGACUCAGAUUCACUUCACAGUGGCCAUUGAUUUCACUGCAUCAAAUGGAAAUCCAUCUCAGUCCACCUCACUGCACUACAUGAACCCGUACCAGAUGAAUGCCUAUGCCAUGGCCCUGAAGGCCGUGGGAGAGAUCAUCCAGGACUACGACAGUGAUAAGAUGUUCCCUGCCCUGGGAUUCGGUGCUAAGCUCCCCCCUGAUGGGAGGGUCUCCCAUGAGUUCCCUCUGAAUGGAAACAUUGAGAACCCGUACUGCAACGGCAUGGAGGGGAUUCUCGAAGCUUACCAUCAAAGCCUUAAGACGGUUCAGCUGUAUGGACCCACCAACUUCGCUCCUGUUGUUAAUCAUGUGGCAAGCUAUGCGGCAGCAGUGCAGGACGGAUCUCAGUACUUUGUCCUGCUCAUCAUCACAGAUGGCGUCAUAUCAGACAUGGCUCAGACGAAGGAGGCCAUAGUGAAUGCGGCUAAACUCCCCAUGUCUAUCAUCAUUGUUGGAGUUGGCCAAGCUGAGUUUGAUGCCAUGGUUGAGCUGGAUGGUGAUGACAUCAGGAUUUCCUCGCGGGGGAAGUUAGCAGAGAGAGACAUUGUACAGUUUGUCCCGUUCAGAGACUACAUGGACCGCACAGGCAACCAUGUGCUGAGCAUGGCGCGGCUGGCUAAAGACGUGCUGGCCGAGAUCCCUGACCAGCUGAUCUCGUACAUGAAGAGCAGAGCCAUUAAACCGAACCCCGUACCACCGGUUUACUCAACCUCUGACCACCCCCAGACCAACCCCGUCUGAGCCCCACACACAGCUCCACGUUGGGGUGGAGCCAGGUCGGGAUCGUUAGGAACCCACCUCCACAACCGUCCUUUGGGAAAAUGGAAAUGCAUUCGAGGCCCUUUCGCAAAUAUUAGUCUAAAUGAAUAGACUCCAUUUUGCUUUGGAGAAAUAAGACUGCUUUGGGGGAACCUGCUGAGGAUCAGGGAGUGUUUGAGGAUGAGAGCGCUGAGAGCGGUCCGGUGUAAAAGGAAGGUUUUAGUUGUUUGCUGUCAAACCUGUCAAAGUGGUGAUGUAAUGGAUAGCAAGUAAACCUGUAGAGAGAGCCUGUUUGAAGGCAUAAAUAUAUUAGAAUGUGCCAGUGUGUAUCAUGUUUGUGAUACCUUUUGGAAUCAAUAUGUGUUAAACUAAGAAAUCAUGUGUAUACUAAUUUAUUUAUUUAUUUAUUUACUUAUUGCAGAAAUAAUUUAUUGCUUUGACAGGGUUUUAAGGGUGGGGAUUAAAAUCAUAUUUCCCCUGUAGUUUUCCAUCUUAUAUUUUGUGACCAGUGUAAUAAAAAAAAAAUCCCCAUUUCUACUUUGAUAAGGACUGUAAUAUAAAAGCAUGUGAUAAAACUUAUUAAGCAGUUUAUUAACCAUUUUCACUGAUGGAUAAUUUUUGAUUGCAAGCUAUUAUGUAGAGGACCUGCUGUGAGCUGUUGCCAUACCGAUUUUCCAGCACCAUGUCUUGUACUUAUUUCUAAUAUUUAUAUAAACAGAAUGCACUAAUUACUGUCCAAAUAAAAAGCACAAAGGUUAUAAUGUUAAUAAGCUGAAAACCAUUAAGAACCAACACCUACCACAAUGAAAAUAAUGGGAAGGACCCCUCAAGCAUGGCUUUAACAUUGUCUUCCACCAUCAUUUUAAACAAAAUGACAAAAGGAAGAAUGUUUAUAAGAAAAUUACUAUACUGAUAUAUUAAAAUGAACUUAUAUUUAUCGUAAAAACAGAGAUGUUUACACGACAAAUGAAGAAUAAUUCAAAGCACACACCUGCUUUCUUUGUUAUUAUGCAGAGCAGUAAAAUGUACAGCUUAAGUCCUGCUGCCAUAUGUCAUUUGUCAUCUCGCUGUUUGUGUUUCUUUCCAUUAUAUUUGUUGUGGUUACAGUUUAUUGUCUGGGAUUUUGCUCGGUACUUUUAAAGGACCCUACAAAUAAACAUCUAAAAGACUGAUGUCAACUAAUACCCAUUUUGCCGCCCCCCCCCCCCC